GGAACAUCCAACGUCGAUUCAACAAAUACUUUACUAUAUAUCAUCCCAGUGAUCGUCAGUCACUCUCAAUGGACUUGCUGUGAUAUGACCCAACACAGACUGCGUGUUGCAGAUCAUAAAAUCAUGGGCGCAAGAUGAUCCGUCUUCAACCAAGAGCUAAAUCAUGGACACAGACUUCUUCAGGGCUGCUGUUCUCGACGUCAUCGUACCUGAAGAUACUACAGCGGAACUAGCUACUAUAUUGGAAGAUGGGGCCGACAAUGUGGAAGAACCCAAUCGGCUGCUUCCAAUCAAGGAAAGAGACUAUUUGUUCUUUGAUGAACGCUUGAGAACAUUGGCGGUCCUUCAAGUGCCAUACUGUGAUGAAGAUGCGCUCAAGGCUUAUCUGGCACGUGUCGCUUUAAAGGUCGACGUCUGGGCAUUUGACGAGUCCGGGGCUAACGAUCCAAGUAUUGCCUUGAAUUCACCAUCGAGAGAACACGUCAUUUCUGCAGACGGCUUUCAAGGUCAUGAGCCCAUUGUUCUAGCAAGCCAAUCUGCAGACCUUGGAAAGACUUUGACUCUGGUUUGGGAAGUUGGGCUUACUCUAUCCAGACCGAGAUCAAGAAAUGCGCAGCAAAGCCUGGUCCUCAUUCCGUCGGGAGUUGUGAACAGUCCCCAAUACGACGAGGAUGAUCCAAAUCGAGAUCUUGCACCAUUUCAACCCCUGGAGGCAAACGUUCUCGAACCAAUGCGUUCCAUGGCCGGCCCAGGAGCGAAUGCCCCAUAUCUUGCCGUAUCGCGGUUAGAACGAGUAUUACCCGUGGCCCAGUCGCAUCGGCAUCGAGCUCAUAUAGGUCAUGUUCAUCCGCGGCGAUGGAAAGCAGUGCCUGCGGCAAUUGCACGUGUGAGGUACAACAAAUCACACACCCACACUGUUGUCCCCACAAACAUCGCUCUACUCGACAUGGAAAUCAUUCCAUUCGUUCAGGUCGAGGCAAAAGUCGAACAAGUCGAUGUUUCAUUGAAGAAUGGAGAAUCCCAAUCCUUGAUGCCAGGGUUUCUUCCGAUGCAAUGCCGGUCUGGGGACUGCUUGACCUUCAUGUAUCAGCUGCAGCAAGUCACACAUGCUACGUCAUACACGAACCUUGGCUUAAUGAAUCCCAACAUCGACUUGCUCUCGAUUAAGAUUGUACUCAGGAUCAUGGUGUCAGCAACAUGCACCCCUGUUGUCACCAUGGAAUGGACUACCCACGUCGACUUCACCCAAGCGCUGAACCCUUCAUACGGGGCUCCUUCACAACCUAUCCAACGAUCCAACCGACCAAGCAGCCUUCCAGUCAAUGGCCUCAUCACACAGCCACCUGUUACUGCAGUUAGUGCGAGUUUACAACCUGUCUAUCCUCCGCUUUUCCGCAGUGGCUUGUCUGUGACCUUUUUGUCGUCGAAUGAGCCUGCCACCAUUGGGAGACCAUUUACAUGGAAAGUGCUCCUUGUCAACCAAUCGCAGGGCGUCGCCCGGAUUGCAAUCAUACCGCUACCUCGACUACAACGGCAGACGAGUCAAGCGCAGACCUUGACCAAGCGGCACGCACCCAAAUCGUCCACAGCCUCGUUUCACCCUAGCGAGCGAAGGCACACCAGGAAUGGAGACGACGUGGACAUCGCACAGGCUAUUGUUGACGAGAAUGUGCUCUAUGUCAUGCAACACUCCAACAGUGUACCUCCAGAAGCAGACCUCAUGGCGUUAACAUCAGAAUUGCGGAUUGGGCCACUGGCGCCAGGACAGUGUCACGAGAGUGAGAUUCAAAUGGUUGCAUUUGAGACGGGCACCUUGACGGCCGAUGUGAUAAGGAUUGUGGACCUGAUCAAGGAAGGUGAAGAUGGCGUGGGGGCUCCGGGGGUGGUGGCAGAUAUACGUGAUUUGCCGAAUGUGGUCGUUGUUGAAGAAAGCGACGGAUAGAUGCCAUGUAGGGACCGAGAUGUCUCUAUAUUUAGAUCUCGAACAGAUAUGUAUCAAUGUAGGCACCAUGUAUCAUUGUACCGCA